UAGGCUAGAAAUAUGUUUCCUGUAUGCCGAUCAGUGGCACAAGGACAAUAUGGAAGCGCACGGACUUUCAGCUAAUGUGAAUUUAACAGCGGAGUCAGCUCAACUUGUAAAAACCCUGCUGGAGAGACACCGCCACACCAUCACGAAGGAGCAGGAGGAUAACUCUCCUGACAGUGAGAUGAGGAAUAUUAACUGGGUGGCAAGCAAGGACUUCACGGUCGAAGUGGGGAAAAAGCAGAUUGGGGAGUACGUUCAAACCUGGGAGGUGCAGCCCUGCUGGCUUUACAGUCUAGAUUUUCUCCACGCAACCGAAGAGGACCAUCACACCUUCUACCACUACCGGGUCCGCUUUAGCACCCCAGCCCCACGGAAGCCGAUCCAGGGGACGGCUAGUGUCUACUUCGUCAUGGACGUAUCCAAAGUCAAGCCUCAAACUCUGCCCGUGGAGGUGUACUUCGUGGUGGAGUCGCAGAGGCUGGUACACACGCCUGGGAAGAGCAGGUUCAGAGAGAAGUGGCUGACGGACAUUGUCGAGAGCAAGACUUUGCUCCACAAUGCGGUGCAGCUUUGAGUCAACUGACAUUAGAAACCGCCGAACCGACCAGAAGGCUUCUGACUUCUUCCUAAAAUACUAACUGAAGUUACAUCCAGCCAACAACUGUUGACAUUCAAUUCCAAAGACUGGCUUUGAAUUUUCUAAUACCCCGAUGAGUAUCGACCCACUUCGAAAUAAAGUAGCUAAACAUGAAAAUGACUAACUGGUUGCCAGCCUUUAUUUACUACUACUGAAUUGUCUGUUGUGUUGGACCUCACACUUACCGUAACGUUAAAGCUAGGUUCAAAACUGAUGCAAACGUAUUCAAGACUACGACGCUGUUUAUGUUAGAUAAUAUCCUUAUUUGAAGGAAUAAACACCUAAUGAGUGUGAUGUUUGAAAGCUAGCUUGCUAAGCAGACAGCCGUUUAAAAAAU